CUCGGAGGGCGAGGUGAUGAGAAACAACUCCACCACCUCUCCCUGCACAUAGCUGUAGCUUGAUCAGUGACUGAGAUAGCUGUCCGGUUUCCUUUGGCGAACAAUCGGGCCACGGAGGCAGGCUCCAGAGACAGAAUUUACAGAUGUGCCCCACACUUACAGAUGUGCCACAGCUGUAGCCGACUCCCUCUCGCCCCACCUAACCCAAACCUUCAUGACCAGUUGCCACCUGGCUCUAGCACCGCUGGCCGAGGAGGACUCUCCCCCACACACCGCAUUUUCUUGGAGCGGAGGAGAGAGGGGAAGAUGGAUGAUGACUUGUAUGCGGAGGAGAACAUAGACUAUCUAUUGUCCCACAACAGGUCUGUCAAUGAAUCCGAUGCCAACCAGUUCGCGCAGCCCGCUUGGCAGAUCACCCUCUGGGCUGUCGCCUACUCUCUCAUUGUGAUCGUGGCGGUGGUGGGGAAUAUCGUGGUGAUGUGGAUCAUCCUAGCGCACAAGAGAAUGAGGACGGUGACCAAUUAUUUCCUGGUGAACCUGGCUUUUGCAGAAGCCUCCAUGGCCGCCUUUAACACCGUCGUCAAUUUCACCUAUGCCAUCCACAACGAGUGGUACUAUGGGCUGCUCUACUGCAAGUUCCACAACUUCUUCCCCAUCGCCGCGGUGUUUGCCAGCAUCUACUCCAUGACGGCCAUCGCCGCGGACAGGUACAUGGCUAUUAUCCAUCCAUUGCAACCCAGAUUGUCAGCCACAGCCACCAAGGUGGUCAUCACCAUUAUUUGGUCCCUGGCUUUAUUGCUGGCGUUCCCGCAGGGUUAUUACUCGAUGACAGCACAGCUUCCCAACAGGGUGGUGUGUCUGGUGGACUGGCCGGAGUAUGACACCAGGGCCUAUGAAAAAACGUAUCAUUUCUGUGUGACUGUGCUGAUCUACCUCCUGCCGCUCCUGGUGAUAGGAUGUGCCUACACGGUGGUUGGCAUCACUCUGUGGGCUAGUGAGAUACCCGGCGAUUCUUCUGACCGCUACCACGAGCAAGUGUCUGCCAAGCGAAAGGUGGUGAAGAUGAUGAUCGUUGUGGUAUGCACGUUCGCUGCCUGCUGGCUGCCCUACCACAUCUACUUCCUCUUGCAUUUUUUUAACCCCGAUUGGUACCAGGAGAAGUUUAUCCAGCAGGUCUACUUAGCAGUCAUGUGGCUGGCCAUGAGCUCCACCAUGUAUAACCCAAUCAUCUACUGCUGCCUCAACGACAGAUUCCGCAUUGGCUUUAAGCACGCUUUCCGGUGGUGCCCUUUCAUCAACGCUAGGGAAUACGAAGGGCUGGAAAUGAAGUCUGCCAGGUACCUCCAGACCCAGAGCAGCAUGUACAAGGUCAGCCGGAUGGAGACAACUGUAUCCUCCGUCACCGGCAACACUGAGGAAGACAUUGAAGAGAGCAACAAAAUUAAGCGCCUGUCCGUGGAUAUGACAUCCAAUGGCUCCUCCCGCAGUGACUCUAAAACCGUCUCCGAGAGCUUCAGCUUCUAUUCCAACACACUCUCCUAAGCUGCCAUCCAACUGAGCAAGGGUCAGAAAAUAUUGCUUAUACCUACGCCCUAGGUCUCCAUUAACCAUAUAUCCAGGUGUUCCUGUGUUCACCUUUUCCUGAUGAAGAUGCUAUGCCUUGGUUGUGGCAGUAGCCACCUCUCAACAGUGUGCCUGUCUGACCCAGUGUAAUUACAUCGGUUAAUAUCAAUAAUAUCUUCUCUCUCUAUAGUAUCUUGCAGUCGUUUGCUGGACUGAAUGCUUAACCGAUGCUGUUCACUGAAAGCAGAUAUUAAUUUAUGAUACAGCAUUACAGAAAAAAGAUGGUAGGUAUCAGAACUUGGCCUUCAGUGCUGCUGCUCAUUCUCAAGCUAUGCUCUGCCAUUGAUUGUGUCUGAAUACAAUAUAGAUUUCCACUGGGAGGGGGGGGAGGAGUCCAUCUCCUUUCCCCAGUAUUUUUGUUAUCAUAUCUCCUCCCUUACUUGCCAUUCACUUGUUGCUGAUUAACAAAAUGGAGAAAUGGUACCAAUAGAGGAAGAUAGGGCUAGUGACUUAUGAAACAACCAAUACACAUCCACCAGCUUAGUAGGCAACACUGCAGCAAAGGCCGCCUCUCUUGCACAUGGUGUGUUAAACAUAGAGGACUCCAGUUCCUUUUAGGUGAAGAAAAGAUUGAGCUCUUGAGGUUUAUUGCUACCAUACCUUUCUUUUUAUUCUCCACUACUCAGCUAUACUGAGUAUAUGUCAAGGUAUACUCCUCCUUCUCCCAAGGAUCCUAGCUGUAGUGUAGUCCAGCAGAGUUUACUGGAUUCAAGUUAAAGUUGACCAUGUGACCUGUUCAACUUCUUUUGCUCUUACAGCUGAAAAGGUUCUAGCACAACCCUUGAUUUCCUCUGGGUCUCCUAGACUCACUCUUUGCACGAUCCUAACCUCAUGAUGCAAAGACGUCAAGAUCUAGGACUGCAGAAUCGAGCCAGAACCUCAGGUGUUUGCUCUAGCUGGCUGGCUCUGGGGGUUUCAGAUACACCUCAAUCCAUUGGCCUUGCUCUAAUUCCUUCACAAAGCUAAUUUGACACUCUAGAGCUUGGGAAUGCCUUUGUUUAAAAUAUGGGGUUUGUGGCUUCUAUCACCAUUAUCUGGAUAGUCCAAGAGACGCACAAUACCAAAUUCACUACUAUGUUCUUCCCUUUUUAACGCCCCCCCCAACGCCCACCAAAUUAUUCUUAGUAUAUAAAGGGAAAUACAGCAAGAAACAAAAUGUCUGGGUUAGCCCUAAUUGUCAGGAAAUAAAUAUAGUUUGCAAACAGGCCCUAUACCGUCAGCAGUGCACCCCUCCCAGCCCCUCAAAACAUGCUUGGGUACUGCUUCUAUACAUGGCUUGGGUUUUCCUUGGAUGUUUCCCAGUUAAGUGCUGAACUGGCCUGACUAUGCUUCAUUUAGGACACUAAAGCAGUAGGACCCUCAGAGAGUGCCAAGAGACACCUGUCUCCAACACAUGCAAUUGCGAUCGGACAGGAGAGAUGGCAAAAAGCAUAUUUUGAAUGAAUGAAACUUCAUCAGUGUGCAUGUGGGGCUAUACCCAGGAAUAACAAGAGAGGUAGCAGUAGAUAGUGCAUGUAGUCAGAUGUAGGUUUAACAAUGCCAGCGGAAAGUAGUUUUGUAAAUAAGCAUGGAAUCGGGGCUUAAGAGGAAAGAAUAUUAUGUAUCAUCUAAUAUCAAUGUCUGAUGUAACUGAAAGCUAAAAGGAAUGUCUAGCACAUUUACAAAAACAAAACCUACUAAAAAGGAAGUGAUAUACUUCUAUUGUGGAAGAUGCUUUCCAGUGCAUGCCUUGCAUUUCAACACCAUUACGGUAGAACCUCAGAGUUACGAACUGACCAGUUAACUACACAUUUCAUUUGGAACUGAAAGUACGCAAUCAGGCAGCAGCAUAGACCAAAAAAACCCCUAACCAAACAGACACACAAAAAGCAAAUACAGUAUAGUACUGUGUUAAAUGUAAACUACUAUAAUAAAGGGAAAUCAGUAUUUUCCUUCUGCGUAGUAUAGUUUCAAAGCUCUAUUGAGUCAGUGUUCAGUUGUAAACUUUUGAAAGAACCACCACAAUGUUUUGUUCAGAGUUACAAACAUUUCAGAGUUAUGACCAACCUCCAUUCCCGAGGUGUUCAUAACUCUGAGGUUCUACUGUAAUUGCAGUUUGUAAAACUCUGAUUCGUUGUAAGAGACUGAAAUGCCUUGCAGAUACCUGGGUGGGUCUAACUGUGGGGUGCCUAUCCUUUGGUUAAAAUCGACUGAAAUGUAUGAAAUUAAGUCAGAGAUUAAAUUUGGGAGGUACUUUAUUAUGCAGCCUGUAAACUGACCACAGGAAGAUACAGCUGUUAAAUAAAUCCCCAUCCCAAACUGUU